AUGGGCGGCAGCGCGAUGCAGGCGACUCAGAAGCAGCUGAGCGAAGCAAAGAUCGACCUCGCGUACCGCGACUUCUGCGCGCACUUGCUCAUACCGCUGAACGAGUGCAGAAAGCGGAGCUACUUCCUGCCGUGGAAGUGCGAGCACGAGAGGCACGUGUACGAGAAGUGCCAGUACAAAGAGUGA